ACUUUCACCCUACCACAAACGUACGAAAUUUUGUAAGAAACAGGACUUCUAAACUGGACGUCCUUCUUUUAUAGGGCCUUGACCAUCAAUGAAUUAUUUAUAGAGGCACCAGCCAUCCCUGUCCAGGUGCUGUUUUAGCCUCUUUUAAGCCGAGCCAUAUUAUGGGUGUGUUACCUUGAAAAUUCUUCAAGCAACUCACAGGUUUAAAUCACUGUUGGGGAUUCAAAUCAAGAUCUUCUGCACCGUAGUUUUGCAUGAGCUCUCUGCAAGCCCACAGUUUCUGGGUACUGCAAUUCGACUUCGGCGAAAGAAAGCUAUAUAGACUUUUAGUUUCAGUUUUGGUUAACGUUUACGUCGCUUGCAACUGCAAAAGGUCAUAUAAGCGACCAAACAAGCUGCAUAUAAAUUCAUUUAGGAAAGGAAAAAAGAGACAAAAAAAGAAAGAAAGAAAGAAAGAAAGAAAGAAAGAAAGAAAGAAAGAAAGAAAGAAAGAAGGAUGGAGCUGCACUGACAUUUUCCUAUAAUCGCAUUUGUUUCGUCAGGUUCUAUAUAGUAUCUAGCUCAGUAGUUCACGAUUCUGAGCAAGGCACAUAAUUGGUGGAUUUUUCUAUAACAUUGAUCUUCUGUUUAAGUCACGCGAGUCCAGUGGCAAUUUCCCGAUAUUCUCGUGUGUUCUUUUCGGGCAGUGAUUGUGAUUAAUCAGGACAGCCUUGUUCGCCCGGGCAUGUUCGUGAAAGUUCCUGCUUGGGCCACUGGUAGGCGUGGAGCAAAUACAGGACCUCCCGGGCAGUAAAUCUUAGCCUGUUGUUGAGCCAGCUGAGGACACCGGGGAGAGACAAGCGUCGCUGUUGACUCGGUUAGAUACUGUCUCACGUCAACGAUCGAUUGGGAUAUUGACUAUCGUCUUCACGGUCUUUACAGCUCUUUAUGACCAUCUGACUGUCGGCAAGUGACACUGAACAAAUACAAAGCCGGACUGACCCUUUGAAAAUCCUGUUGCACACGUAGAAAAGGUUGUUAUCGACAUUUUUAGAGAGACGGCAUUUCCAAGAAACCCUUGGCACAUCGGCUACAUCAGUCAAUCAAGUCGUAACGACGUUUCUGGGUCAGUGUUCUAACGUGUUCACUUCUUGGAUAACAUACAACAGCGGCAACCAACAGCCAGCGCGGACAUCUGCAUUUUUUGUCAUUAUUUCUUGGAUUUCUUUCACUUACUAUACGUGCGUGUGGAUACUUUAAAAGAUCGAAAGAGAAGAACCCCUUGCAGAUCAUUGGUUGUGUUCAUGUUGCUUCGGGACAGGCGAGGUUGAUGACCUUCGACCUAGUUUCUUUCGGGUGAACCACACGACUUCAGGAUGCCGAAGGGACCGCGGGUGCACGAGAUCUUCAACAACAACCCGCUGGGAAAUACCGCCCCCCAGGGAAACAACAACUCUGUGUUCAGUUAUGACGGGCAGGAGUCCAAGCAGCAGACGCAGCUGGCGUUGGGGAAGAAGACGACGUUCGCGCCACAGCCGCCGGGCAUGAAGAAAUUCGGCGGGUACAAACCCAAGAUUCUGAGCGCGGAGAAUACGGACAAUCUGAUCGAAUCGAACGCCGGUCUGUCGGCUGUUUUGAAUACGGCUAAUCUGCAGUCGAAGUUGAAAUCUCGGCCCGUUCCAGCGAUCCCAACGGAAGGUCAGAGCUCAGCGGCCGUGCUUACCAAGCCGAAACCUUUCAUCGUUGGAGAUAAAGAUAUACCCAUGGUGCUCAGCACUGUGGGCGAUAACGAUGACGACAAUUUGGAUAAUAAUGUGGUUCUAAGCGAUGAAAACCGAAAUGAAAUCAAGGACGUUUCAGACUCUGUAGAUGACUUGCACAUCUACCACACCGUCAUAGACCAUGAAGAAGUCAGCACAGGGCCGAGAGGGCAACUUCAGAACGCCCCUUCCCUCGAUUCCUUCGCUUACUCCGAAAACUCUAAUCUCAUUCCGUCUCGAAACGACCCAGAAACCCACGAGUUCAUCAACUAUGCCCUAGACCAUGACGACUCUGUCGUGGAAGAAGCAACUCAUUUCCCUCAACACCCAACUGCCAAUCACCGAGAACUAGCCACGCCCACAAACGGAGUUGAGCUUCCAAUAGCCAAUGGACUGCACGUCAGCCCCGAUUACCACCAAGCGUCGGAUGAACAGGAGUCCCAAGGCGUCCAAGCAUCGGGGGAACAGGAGUCCCAAGGCGUGCACAUCCCAGAACCGGACUACGAAGAGGACGAAAAGACACUGACGUUUACGGAGGAAGACACGGACGCCAGUGACGGCACGGGCGAGGAAGAGAGACUCCGGAAAGAGCGAAGGAUCAACCCUGUUCUGAAGGCAUCCCGGUACGAGGGGGAAGACCUGUCUCGAUUUCUUAGUGAUGACGAUGAAACGGAAAUAGAGGUCGUCGAGAAGCCCAAUCAGAAGGCUCGCAAACUGUCAACGUCGUCCAAUCGUAUCUCGAGAACGGAGCCCCGUCAAAAAGUCAGCCCAAAGAACUCUCUUUUCAAGCAGCAAACGGUCUCGGGGAAGCGAAAAGGCAGCGGGAAAGGUCAGCCAGUGCAGUUCAACAGUGUCAGGAGCUUCAGUUACGCCGACUCUAAAAUUGGCACACAGGGGAGAUCCGCUGGGAAAAGACUUAAUUACACGGAUGGACCAGACGAUAACCAGCGGUUCGUCAACGAUAGCUCUUACGAGUCGUUUCUACGCUCCCGUCAUGGUGACGCAAUGCCGUUUCCGGAAUCAAGCGACAGCGGCGUUGAUAUGGCAGAUGAUUCCUCCCACAGGAAACAAGGCCCGAUUUGGAAGAAACUAACUCUUCGCUUGAAGAACCGGAAGAGCAAGGAUUUUUCCUGAUCGCAUUCUGUACGUUACUGUAGAUGUGCUUACCUGGGAUUGUAAUCAUAGACCAUUCUUAUAGAGGCAAAGUCGGACAAAAUUGCGUACGUGAUACCAUUCACCCCCCCCCCCCCUUUCCCACCUCUUUGGAGCUGAUAUACUUGUAUUCGAGAAGUGUUCUGAGACGUAAGUCAGAUUUGUGUUUACAAUUACGACCCCAAAAACUCCUACUUUGAGUUAUUACUAUACGAAAUACUUUGAAAUAAUUUUGUAUGGUUUCAGUGGAAUAUCUGGGGACAAAAACAGGCUACAAAUUGUACAUUGAGAUUAUAAACUUCAGUCUUUGACCUUAAGAAAAUGAGUUUCGUUCAGGAUCCGGAUCGAGGCUCUGUCUGGACAGUUUCAACCUCCCUAACAUCUGAGCGAAUACUGAGCAAAUUACUUUCCCAUAUUAUGACAACCUUUAAUUUAGACUCGGUGGAUUCUGGUAAUAAAGUAAGACCCGGCCCUCAGAUUGCUUUCUAAAAUUCUAUACUCUGACUGUCAAGUUGCUUUUUAGUUAAGGUAAGAGUUUUACGGCUCUUGCAACGCAAUAAGGUCAAAUAAGUGCCGAAGAAUAGAGGUGUUACAA